AAUUGCAAGUGAAGCUCUCUACCAACCAACUAACACUAGUCUACUCUAACUGGCAUGACUCUUCAAGGCCUUUUUAACAGGAGAUGACGGGAUUUGAACCUGGGAUCCUCUAGAAGUCAAGCAGAUAUUCAGCCACCGACCCAAGCCCAACCAUGCUGUGAGCAGGGGAGUGUAGAGGGUGCUGCCUUUGGAGAAGAGCCCUCACCCCCAACCAAGUUGUCAGCCAGAAACAUACAUUUGGGGAUUUCCCAUCUUCGGAGCAGUGGAGAGGCUGCGGUAGAUUCCCACGGAAUGAAGAAAAUGGAGGAGUGGGGCCCGAAUCAGGGGACAGCUUGGAGGGAGGAUCUUCUGAGCAGCGCAGUUGUGAAACAUGUUAAGCCAGAACCAUCUGAGGGCCUUCAACGAGACUGGGAAUCCCAAUGGCAAGAAUUCCUGAAGACCAUGCAGGCCUCAAAUUCACAAUGGAAAAACCCACCUCUACCUGAACUUCAGUCAGCAGACGCCAGCGCGGAUAUCCAGGUCUCCGUCAUGGAAGCAACUGAUGCCUAUCAGUGGCCCCGAGGAGAGCAUGCUGCACCAAACGGAGAAGCCCAUGAAAGACUGGAUCUGUCUGUGAAAGUGAAGGAAGAGAGUCUCGAUAAGGAGGAUACCGUCCAUUUGGAAAUACGGCGCCAGCGGUUCAGGCGGUUUGGCUACCAAGAAGCCAAGGGACCCCGAGAGGCCUGCAGCCAACUCCAAGAACUGGGACGUCAGUGGCUGAAGCCGGAGUGGCACAGCAAGGCGCAGAUCCUAGAGAUGCUGGUCCUUGAGCAAUUCCUGAUGAUUCUUCCUCUGCAAAUGCAGGGCUGGGUCAGAGAACGUGGGCCGGAAACCUGCAGCCAGGCAGUAGACCUCGCCGAGAAUUUCUUGCUGGAAUUUCAUGGGGUGGAGAGAACAGAGCAAAAGAUUUCAGAACUUUUGGGAAUAGUGAGUAUAGAUUCACAUAAGUCAGAGCAGGAUCCUACAGACAGAAGGGGGAUAGACAUCUCCCUGAAGGCCAAGCGGGAGCCUGAAGAGGAAGCCAGUUGUCUUCUCGCCUGUGAUGGGCAAGUAAGGACAAGAAAAGAACAUCUUCGAAUAGAAGGACCUGAUUGCAUGGAUACUGGCAACAUAUCCUGUAAAAGAACUAAAGAUACAUUUUCCCAGGAUUUUGAGGAGGAAGAGAUCCAUGGACUUCAGCUGGGGCCAAAACAUCAUCAAGAACGUCUCCCAGCAAAGUCAGGGGAGCAAACUCCUCAAUGUGAGGAAUAUGCUGGAGAUUUAAAUGAAAGGACCUUCCAAGAGGGAGUCCAGAGAAAUAACAGAGAAAAGAGAGCCACUGACUACAGUAAACGUUUCUCUCAUGACUUGGUUUUUCUUGACAGGGAAAGAAAACAGAAGGGAGAAAGGCCAUUCAAAUGCUCGUUUUGUGGGAAAGUAUCCAACGGAAGAACAAACCUGAUGAUCCAUGAGAGGACGCAUACAGGAGAGAAGCCCUACGAGUGCUCGGAGUGCGGGAAAAGCUUUAGCACCACUUCAAACCUUAUAAACCAUAAAAGGGUACACACGGGUGAGAAGCCGUACACGUGCUGUGACUGUGGGCAAAGUUUCAGUCAUAACGCCUCGCUGAUAAGGCACAGGAGAACCCACACGGGUGAGAAGCCUUAUGAGUGCUCAGACUGCGGCAAAAGCUUCAUUCAGAAAGGGGAACUAAUUGCACAUAAGAGAACCCACACUGGAGAGAAGCCGUAUGAAUGUUCCGAGUGUGGGAGAAGCUUCAGCACAAGCUCGCACCUGAUAAGACAUAAAAGAGUACACAUUGGCCGGAAACCCCAGAAUUGUUCAGACUGUGGCAAAAGCUUUCGUAAGGAUUCACACAAGGGAACAUAUAUUGACAAUAAGAAACAAUAAAUGGACAGAGACUGGAGGUCAGCUACAAGAUGGACCCCAUCACAGACAGAAAGUGGAUGGAAAAGUAUUUGAUAGACCGUAGCCAAAGCUUCAUAGAUAGCUCACACCUUGCCAUUCAUUGAAGGACAGUUGAAGAACAUUAGAUUUGCAAAUCGCCUAGAGAUUGAAGGCAUGCCCUGGAUUCAUGUAUCUUCUCCCUGAUCCCCUUUUGCACACAGGGGAAGAGACAUGGCUUCACAGGAGAGCGUCUAUCAUACCUAAUUAAAGAUCAGUGGGUGAUGUGGAAGAUCUCAGCCUCUGGAGAGAAGUUGCCCAUCACAGUAAACAAUAGUAGCCUUGAUAGAUAAGGGGUCUGACUUAGUGGACAGCAGAUUAAUCUGUUCAUAUUUUCACACCAAUCCCCCCUUCCCUCUUUUGAGUGUACCAUGCCACAGUGUUAAUGUCCAGCCAUAGACAGAUUUAACUAGAAUUCAGAUUUUGGUAGCAGACGCUUGUUUGAAGUUAACCAAGGUGCGCACAAACAUGGUGGCAAAUGAGGGAGGAAGCAAUUGCCUCAUGACGAUUCAGGACCAACCAAUGAAAUGACUUGGAGGUAGAUUUCAGA